AUGAAGUCUGCCUCAAGCUCUCGCGGGGGUGGGUCGGGUGGCCGUGGGGGUGGCAGCUGGGGCGGCGGGUGGGGCGGGGGGCGGGGGGGCGGAGGCAAGGGAGGAGGAGGCGAUGGCGGCCCUGGGGGCAAGGGCGGCUUUGGGGCGCGGGCGCGUGGCUUCGGCGGCGGCCGGGGCCGGGGGCGCGGAGGGGGGGACAGUAGGGACCGUGGUGGCAGCGGGCAGCGGCGCGGCGGUGUGGGCAAAAACAAAAACCGCCGCAGGAAGGGCGCCAAUGCUGUGUCGGUGGAGCCACACAGGCAUGAGGGUGUCUUCAUCUACCGUGGAGCGGAAGACGCGCUGGUAACGCUGAAUAUGGUGCCAGGCCACUCGGUGUAUGGCGAGCGGCGGGUCACUGUGACCGAGGGCGGUGUGAAACAAGAGUACCGCACAUGGAACCCCUUCCGCUCCAAGCUGGCAGCGGCCAUCCUGGGCGGGGUCGACCAGAUCCACAUCAAGCCCAAGUCCAAAGUGCUGUACCUGGGCGCUGCCUCAGGGACCACUGUCUCUCAUGUCUCCGACAUCAUCGGCCCGGACGGCCUGGUCUACGCAGUUGAAUUCUCCCACCGCGCUGGCCGUGAUCUGGUUAACGUGGCCAAGAAGCGAACCAACAUCAUCCCGGUUCUCGAAGAUGCCCGGCACCCGCUCAAGUACCGCAUGCUUAUAGGGAUGGUGGAUGUGAUCUUUGCGGAUGUGGCCCAGCCUGACCAGUCCCGGAUAGUAGCUCUGAAUGCCCACACCUUCCUGCGCAACGGGGGCCACUUUCUCAUUUCCAUCAAGGCCAACUGCAUCGACUCCACUGCAUCUGCUGAGGCAGUGUUUGCUUCUGAGGUGAGGAAGUUGCAGCAGGAGAACUUAAAGCCUCAAGAGCAACUGACCCUGGAGCCCUAUGAGCGGGACCACGCUGUGGUCGUGGGGGUCUACCGGCCCCUUCCCAAGAGCGGCGGCAAGUAGCACCCAGCAAGGGCUGUCCCUGGGCUCUCCCCAAUCUGUGCUGUGUUCAGUAUAACUGUGUAUGUGUUUUCUUUGUGUGUUGUUUUUCUUUUGUCUAUUAAAUGGCAUA